AUGCAGAACGAAAUUCCGCCAAAGUAUGUCUAUACAUGUCGGAGCACAACCCAGGAAGAAGCUCAACGAAGCGGAUUUCUUCACAAAGUGCAUCCAAGAGGCUGUAAAGAAAACGCUUCCGGUCCAAAUGCCACUGAAGAAGUUUGUCUUUGCAACUGCGGAGACAAGAUCCGCGUGCGAUUCUGGAUGUUCUGGACAUACUAUUCUAGGCGCAGAACUGGCGAUUUCAACCAGGAGAAGAGAUCAGAGAAGAAAGGAUGGACAUCGAGAGCGAAGGAAUUUGAAAGCCCACGGGAAGACAAGAGCCCGAAGAAAGCGUACGCGUUACUAAGACAGUGCAGUGGCAAAAUGAAAAGAUUUUCUCCAGACUGCUAA